AAGGCUUUUUAAAUCACAUAUCUAGAUAGGGUUAGGAGAAUACAACUCUUCGAGUGCUACUGUCCUUCUUUGAGAAGGCCGGAGGGGAGAAAGGGAACUUGAAGAGAGGAGCCCUACAAUUUUUAAUGAUGGCAAGGCAUGGCAAGGACAUGGAAGGAGAGAUUCAUCGAUCGAUUUUAGCUGAGGCAGGGGUUGAGUUCCUUCUUUCUGGUGAAGAAAAGGUGCCGCUGUCAUGCAUUGAAGGAAAGACCAUCUGCCUCUUCUAUUCAGCCAACUGGUGCCGGCCCUGCAGGAACUUCACAACCCACCUGGUCCAGCUCUACACCACCCUCAAGACCCAGCUGGGAAAGAAGCUUGAGAUCGUCUUCGUUUCCUUGGACCGCGACGAGAACAGCUUCUUGGACCACUUCAAGCAUAUGCCGUGGCUCGCCGUGCCCUUCGACGUCAACAUAAGGAAACAGCUAUCCGGUCGCUUGCUCAUCGAACACAUCCCAUCACUGAUUCCUUUGGCCCCCGAUGGAAGGACUAAGAAAGAGGAUGCGGUUCAGCUGGUCGAGGACUUUGGGCCCGACGCUUUCCCCUUUGGUGUUGAGAGAAGAAAAGAACUGGAAGCCGUGGAUGAGGCUAAGCGCCACGGUGGAAAAUUGGAAGAGCUUCUGGGGUGUAAUGGAAGAGACUAUGUCAUCUCAAGUGAUGGCGCAAAGAUUCCCAUAGCUGAUCUCGUGGGGAAAACAAUCGGCCUUUACUUCGGAGCACACUGGUGCCCUCCCUGCCGCACAUUUACUUCGAUGCUAGCAGAGGCCUACAACGAGCUCAGAGACGCCAAAAACGAGAGCUUCCAAAUUAUUUUCAUUUCCACCGAUAGGGACGAAGAUGAAUUCCAAUCAAGCCUGGAGGAGAUGCCAUGGUUGGCGAUACCUUACGCCGACAAGACCAGAUACGACCUCAGCAGAAUCUUCGACGUCAAGGGCAUCCCAAGGCUUGUCCUCCUCGGAGCCGACGGGAAGGUCCUCGGAACCGACGGGCGGGCCAUGAUCUCGUCCUACGGUGCCAAGGCCUUUCCCUUCACCGAGUCGAGGGCCGCAGAGGUGGAGGCGGCUCUGAGGAAAGAAGGAGAAGGGUUGCCAGGCGAAGUCAAGGAUUCCAGGCAUCAGCACAUCUUGAAGCUGGACGUGGCAAAAGCUUAUGUUUGCGAUGCAUGCAGACGUCAGGGGAGAUAUUGGGUCUUCUCGUGUGAUCGUUGCGACUUCGAUCUCCACCCAGCUUGUGCGGAAGAAAUCAAGGAAUAAAUCAUGUCCAUAUGUUGGAAAGUAAUAAUAGCAAAGACUAAUUAUAUAUAUAUAUAUAUAUAUCAUAAUAGACAAUAAUA